GAGAGAGAGAGAGAGAGAGAGAGAGAGAAUUGUGCUUAUUGUAUAGAUUCAAUAAGUGAAGUGCCUGAAUUUACCAAACCCACAAAUAUUGUUGCUCAAUUCCUUUCCGUCUUCAAAGGACAAUUGAGAGUGGUGAAAAUUGCAGAAUCUGGAAGACACCCAUUUCAUUCCUUGCCCGAUUUCUCUUUGACUACGGGGCGAACUUCGAAGUCCUGUUGAAGAAUCUGAAUCAAACCCACUUCGGAAACAAACCCAGGUUUCUCUUUUUCAUGCAUGUUUCAUUCAGUUUGAUCUGAUUAUUAAAAAAGGAAGGUUUUUGAGGGGCUUGAAGCGUGACCCUUUUCAGUAUCCAUUGUUAAAUCUGCUGUUCAUGACUUACUGAGCAUAGUACUGUUCAGAGUAGCUUGAAUCUUGUGAAUCAAACAAUUUGUGUAUGUAAAGCAUAAAUUUAUGGGUGCAUAUUGAAUUUCUUGGAAAACCAUACUUCAAUAGUUAUGUUGGCUGAUUAUUGUGGGUCGAGUUUGCUUCUAUCUCUGCCUGAUGAUAUCUUUGCCAUAGUCGCCCAGUCCCUGACUCCGAGGGAUGUCUGUUAUCUGGGUCUCUGCUGUCGAAGCCUAUAUGCCCUUGCGGCUUCUGACAAGGUCUGGCUCACCCAAUGUGAUAUGUUGGGGAUUAUUCCCCCUCGAGACCUCGUCGAAUGGCGAAAUGGAGUUUCAUCCUUCCAGGCGCUUUGCCGGUUCCUUAUCAGUGUUCAGCCAUUACUUGGAAUUUGGGUUCACCAAAAUCCUGAGCUUGGCAAUGUAGUUUAUGUCAUGCCUGGCUUUAUUUCAGUUGUCGGGUGCCGGAUCAUUCCACAAGAGCUUGGCCCAUUAGGCCUUGAAGAUGGUCCUAUUCUAUGGGCACCUGUGUUUGAAAUUCUCAGCGAUUUUGAUGGUUCUGCUGUGUUUUUCCUACACGGGAGGGAGAAGGAAAAUGACUACUUUUAUCCUGGUUCACUCAAGGCAGUUGAUAGAACUUGCAAUAUGCUAUUGCUGGAAGCUGAGCCAAGAAAACAAAGAAAUGGGGGUAAGUUGGUGCAUAGUAAAAGCUUUGUUAAUCAUUUGGAUAAGGAGCUAUUAAGACAGAUAUGUCGGUCAGAUAGUGGGAUUUCAAAGUCACAGAGGGUAGUUGGACAAAAUGCGUCAAUAGUGCCCUUCAGCCGAUUGACAUUUGGUGAUAGGAGAAAGCUACUUGAGAUUGUUACUAGCCAAGUCCGUUUAAAGGUGCCAGAUUCAGCAAACGGGUUACUAUUUCCUCGUUUAAGGGGUAAUGAGGAUACCUUACGGCAGGAUAUUGUGCUCUUAUGUGAAAGGAGAUCCUUGCUUAUGCAAAUGUAUAAGCUUGGUGGGGAUCACACUGAUUGGAAGGUUGGUUCUGAACAGGCUCCAGAUCCUACCCAACUUGACUUGAGUGAGAUCACGAAGAGUGUCGAUCAUGCCAGUGGAUUUCCUAUUUCACUCAAUGAGGAUGAUGGUCGGACACAAUGCACAAAGAGGAAAUCUCUUGCUGGAUAUUUCAGAGACAGCCUUAAGCAGAUACUUAGAAAAUCAAGCUCAAUCAAUGGUGGCCGUGAGAUUUCGAAGAAUUGUUCUUCAAGUAGUGAGAAUAAGCAUGCACAGCUUCAUGAGUUUUUGCGGUCAGGUGAUACAAUAGGACUGACUCUACAUGCCUCCACUGUGAAGUUAUCUUCUUAUCGGGCAUGGCCAAAUAUGCAUGACAGUCGAUUUGCUCUUUACAAGUUGCCCAUGCAGGCCCCAACAGUCGGCCAAGAAUAUGCUGGUUUGUGGGGAGGGACUUUUGGUUGGCCUCCCGGGCGACCCACUGAAGACAAGCCUGGGAAGGCUUUGUUCUUGCUUUUGCUCUCUUAUGAAGAGUCCCAAGGGCAACAACUUCUCAUUGCCACCAAAAUAUUAGAAGGAACCCACUAUGUUCUGCAUCCAAAUGGCUCAGCUAUGUUUAUUGUCCAAAUUGAUGAGCCUUCAUUGGAUCCUUUCCCUUGGGACACUGAUAGCGAUUCACUUCCUGUUGAUGUUAAGUAUGCUUUUAUGGGGGAAGGUAUUGCAAAUGGAUAUGGUUUCAGAUAUCCUGGCUCAAAGCCUGGUUCACUCUUUGUUAUCCAAGAUGAGCUGCUUGCUUUCAUAUGGAAAGAAUCCAGGUCUGUAUUGACCUUGCAGAGGCUUAAUUUGCAAGAACUUCUGAAAAAGGGUGAAAGGGUGCCUGCCAUACCUCCAAUUGCCAAUUUUUCGUAUUUAACCAAGUCCUACUCAAAUGUGUUCAGUGGCUUUUCAAAACACCCCGAAUUGUCUAUCUUCACCAAGGUAUGCAUUUAUCAAUUCUUAGACUAAUGCAAUAUUCUAUUCUCUACUUUUAACCUCAAAAAUGAUACAGUCUCCUUGUCUGGCAUCUCGGUGUAUGUGAUCUAACUUCAUUGAGUAGAACUUCCUGAGUUACCCAAUUAUUCUUUUUAUGGUUUUGCAUUAACUUUAUGCAGUAUUUAAUUGGUAAUUCAUUGUUUCUGACGAAGGAGAGCUGUGUUUCUG